CUUACCUUCAAACGAGAAGAGAAGGCUGCACCUAAAACAACUAAAUGGCCGGGAGCAGACUUGAGAGGGUUGGAACCGUGUUUUCGCGGGUUCGGGAUUUAAUGCGCUCUGGAGUGAUAAAGCAAACGGAGAAACCAAUCUGGUAUGAUGUGUAUGAAGCUUUUCCACCAAAACGCCAACCACUUUAUGUAAAACCCCUUACAAGAUCCAGGGUCAAGAAACCAGACCCGGUGCCUGAAAUUUUCUACGCAGAAGAUAAAAUUAGAGCAAAAUUUUAUGACCAAUAUGGGAUGGGUCUUCGGCCUUUUGAUCUUUCCAAAUCAAACUUUGUCUCAACCUGUCAGAGGUUUGUCGACAAGUAUGCACAGUUAAAGAGUCAAUCCGAGAUGGAUGAUUCUGCUCUGUUUGAGGAGACCGGAAAGGCUUUACUUGCAGAGGGCAUCAUACUGAGAAGGAGAGGAGCAGAAACGGUGUCAGCAGAGUCCAGGGAUCCAGUGUUGGAGCUAAAGCUCACAGCCAUGCUGGCAGAGCAGCAGUCAGUUGGUGAUGACAGCAAGGAAAUGCCAGAAGAGCAUACGACACACACACAAACGUUGUAGAACUUUGACUUUCUGCUUACCUGGAAGCUCUGGUCACUUGUGGAAAUAACAUCAUGGUUGUCAGGCAGGGGUGUACAAAGGAUCCUAUCUGAUCUGGGGACUUCAAGUAGCCUCCAGCUUUCUUUGUCAAAUGUCACUACUGUCAGCCGGCUACAUUCAUUUAGUUAUCACAUAGAUACCUUGUAAAACUCUUGAUUCUACACUGCAUUCUGAAUAUCAAUCCAAUGAUGUUUCAUAAUGGUAUGUUGUGUGCAACUGCAUGGAAACAAACUGGCAAUACAAUUGUAUUUAUACCAGACAAAGGACCAUGAUUGAGAACUACUUAAAAAUGUCUCAUUGUCUUUUUGAAUUAAUGUAAAGAUGAGGAAAGUGCUCAGCAACCAAAAUACUUUUUGUGCUCCUGAAAUAUUAGCUACAUCCUAAAUAACAAUUGCCAAAUUAUUCUAAAAGGUAGUUUUUUAAAGUAUAAAUAAUGCAAUCCAUUUUCUGUAGCACUUAUCCUCAAUAGGGUCGUGGGCGUGCUGGAGCUUAUCUCAGCUAUCUUUGGGUGGGAGGCAGAGUACACCCUGAACUGGUCGCCAGCCAAUUGCAGGGCACAUAUAAACAAACAACCAAUCACACUCACAUUCACACCUAUGGGCAAUUUAGAGUUUUCAAUCAACCUACCAUGCAUGUUUUUGGGAUGUGGGAGGAAACCGGAGUACCCGGAGAAAACCCACGCAGGCAUGGGGAGAACAUGCAAACUCCAUACAGGUGGCUACGGUGCCGCUUAAUGUACAUAUAUGUAUACAUUUACAUAAUAAUCACAACAAUUGGGCUGCAUCAAUGAAGGGUACACUUAGAGUCAGAAGUAAGAACCAGAACGGAUGUUUAAUUAUGCACCACUAAAUAGAACAUAACUGAGAUGUGACCUUGAGUGUGGGUUGGACUCUUUAUAUGUUGAGUUUCAAAUGUGUCCAGUAUAGCAGAGAGUUAUUUUGUAUCCCCCCCCCCCAUGUUGUUGUCAACAUGAAUGUUAAAGUCUCCUGUUAUGACAAAAUAGUUGUAGUCAGUACAGGUAACUGACAGCAGUUUUGAAAAUUCCUCCCUACAUUUCCCAUUGUGUCUUGGAGGUUUUUA